AUGCCCCGGCUGCUGCCCACAGCUGCAGAGGUCCAGCGCGCGCAGCGGCGCGGGGCCGAGGCAGCCGACCGCACGCGAGGAGCGCCCCUGCGGGGCGGCUGCCGCAGCGCGGGCGCGGCUGCGCCGCCCCCGUUCCAGCCCGCGCCGCGUCUGCCGGCGGUGGCCAUGGCGGAGGAGUCGCCUUCCGAGGCGGAGACAGAGGGGUCGCAGUCCGAGACGUGGACAGAGGAGCUCGACGAAGGCAACGCCGAGUCGCAGGAGGUCUUGUUCGAGCCCUGUCGCGACUAUGUGAUGGCACACCAGCGGGGUCACGUAGAUUAUUGCCACAUCGACGCCGAGGUGGUCUCCACAACUGGUUCUUGCCGCGCAGCACGCCUCCACGUCGGUAAGGACGGCCUCGUCAUCGAGGAGGAGGGCAAGCAAAGAGGCAAAGACCGCAUCAAGCACCAUAUGCUCAUGCUGCCGUCGGUCCAGAUCUGGAUCAGCGAAGAGCCUGGGCGCGGCACGGUCCAGACUCCGCGGGUGUCACUGCGCAUCGCUGGCUCGUGGCCAACCCCCGGGGUGAACCUGCUGCUCCCCAGGACCACGGCACAGUCCCUUCAGGGUACGCUCCUGGGGCUGGUGAGAGCGGUGACUGCGGGCCUGCACCUGGAGGUGGGCCCUGCGCUGCCGGAGGGGCUGCCAGGUCGUGUCUCGUGCCGGGGUGCUCCCGAUGCCCAGGCCCGCGGGCCACUGCUCCGGGCGGGCUACGUGCUGUACUCCAGCUUUGCCGACGUCGCCCAGUUGCAUGGAAGGCAGACUGGCCCGAGGAGCGCGCACGCGGAUGCUGCGGAAGUCAACUCGGAGGUGCCGAGUUACAGCCUCUGCUACGUGGAGCUCUGCGGGCCGACCAGGGUGGGGGACGCCCGCGCAUACUUGUUCAGCAGCCACAUCGACGAGGAGGCCGCUCUGCUGGUCACGAUCAUCUGGCCGUAUGCCGAGGACAACAACUUCGAGCUGAUCCGCGAGACAGAGAACACCGUCUUGCGCAUCAGAAGCGAAGAGCAGGCGUAUGUCAAGCCAGGCACCCGGGGCUCUCUGAGGCGAUCUCGGGCGGAGUCGUCCAGGCUGUCCGCUUCGGCCAGCGCGGAUGCUGCACCUUGGGAGGCACCAUUGGUGGAUUGCUUGACCUUCCAGUCCAGCCUCGAGGCGCGCGCGUGGAUGGAUCUCGCAGCCUCGGUGUAUGCAGGGGGCGAGGCUGCGAGGAGGCUGUGCGACAGGGUGGCCAGACAUGCCGCGGCCACGGAGGCGAGCAUCAGGUCUGAGCUUGGUCGGCCAAUACGUCUCUCAUGGUCAAGAGCGAGCACGUAG